AUGAAAAUAUAUGAAAUUACCUCUGGGGCCGGAAUUUUCCUACUAACCCUCUCUCUGUCUCUGUCUCUCUCUCUUUCUCUCUCUUCAUCUCCCCCUCUCUCUGUCUCUAUCCCCCUCUCUCCCUCUAUCUCUCCCGCUGUCUGUCUCUGUCUCUCCCUCUUUCUCUCUCUUCAUCUUUCUCUCUCUGUGUCUCUCUUCCUCUCUCUCCCCAUCUCUCUUUCUUUCUGUCUCUCUCUCUCUCUCUGUCUCUCCCUCUGUCUGUCUCUGUCUCUCCCUCUUUCUCUCUCUUCAUCUUUCUCUCUCUGUGUCUCUCUCCCUCUGUCUCCCCCUCUCUCUUUCUUUCUGUCUCUCCCUCUGUCUCUCUCUGUCUGUCUCUUCCUCUCACUCAUUCUCUCCCUUCAUCUCCCUCUUCCUCUUUUUCUCUCUCUCCCUCUCUCUGUAUGCCUCUCCCUCUUUCUCUCUCUUCAUCUCCCUCUUCCACUUUAUCUCUUGUUCUCCCUCUCUGUCUGUCUGCUUCUCCCUCUUUCUCUCUUUUCAUCUUCCUCUCUCUGUGUGUCUCUCUCCCCCUCUCUCCAUCUCUCUCCCUCUCCCUUUUCUCUCUCUUCAUCUCCCUCUCUGUCUCUCUACCUCUCUCUCCACCUCUCUACCCAUCUCUCCAUCUCCCCUUUCUCUCUCUUCAUCUCCCUCUCUCUCUCCCUCUCUCUCUUCCACUCUCUCUCUCACUCUCUCCGGUUUUCUUUCUAUAACGCACAUUUAGAUAAUAAGUUUUCAUGGUUUAUAUUUUUUUUAUAUCUAUCUAUCUAUCUAUCUAUCUAUCUAUCUAUCUAUCUAUCUGUUUGCCUGUCUCUUAAAACUUAUACUAUAUACUAUACUUAUCUAAUUAUCAUUAUCUAUCUAUCUAUCUAUCUAUCUAUCUAUCUAUCUAUCUAA